UUCUUCCGCUCACUUUUAACCAAAAGACCUAAACGGAGGUAGUACACCUCCACUGUCUAAUCUAAAAAUGGCGUCGAGACUAGCGAUACUGAAAUGCACCGGCGCAGACUCCGGUGCACUUUUGAGGCUGAGGAGAUGGCUUCAUGCUUCAGCACUCCCUCCACCGUUGGAUGCUCCCAUCAGUCAGCCCACCGCAUCACAACCGUUGGUUUUGCCCGAGUCUGAUCAAAUUCUCGACAGCAACAGUGAAAACGACGUAGGGUUUGGGUUUGGGUUACCAAGUUUCCACUUUGGAGGAUCCAUGGAGCUCAUGGCUGUUCCAAAGAAGAAAGUGAGUCGCCAUAAGAGAGGAAUAAGAAAUGGACCCAAGGCUUUGAAACCUGUUCCGGUGAUUAUAAGAUGCAAGAGCUGUGGUCGUGUUAAGCUGCCACACUUCUUCUGUUGCGGUGGAGAUCGAGGACAGACCAGUGAACAAGGUGAUUCAUCCAGUUAAGCAUGUUGUUUGUUCUGUUAGUGUGCUAACAGAGAUAAAUAAGUAGUUUUCCAAUUUUUUUGAGUAAAACAUUGUAAGGAUUUCAUGUAUCAAGAAUUUGUUAUAGAAA